CCCCACCUCCAUACCCUGCUCCAUCUCUUCUUUCAUGGAGAAAUGCUCAUAGUUUUCCAAAUCUGCUUCAAGAAAUUCAAGAGAGAUGGAGUUGAAGGGAUGUCACUUGUUAAUAACUGAUUGCCUCAUGUAAGCUUCAGCUUUUGAAUGAUCAUGAUCUUUAGUCAUGCUGCCAUUGAAAACAUCACUUUGAACUCGCAUCUGUAAGUGGAGAGUGAAUAGUCAUCAGUCCCUGACGCGCCGCUCCUGCAAUAAUGAGGGAUGAGGCUGGCUUCUUUGUGGUCAGAAAAGGAGAUAUUGUUGGUGUUUAUAAAAAUUUGAGUGAUUGCCAGACUCAAGUUGGAUCGUCGAUAUGUGAUCCGCCUGUUAGUGUAUAUAAAGGUUUCUCUAUGCCUAAGGACACAGAAGAGUAUCUUCUUUCUUGUGGGCUUAAGAAUGCUCUUUACUCCUUCAGAGCCCAAGAUCUCACUGAUGAUCUUUUUGGCAGUUUGGUGCCGUGUCCUUUUCAGCAACCUUCUUCCUCCAAAGGUGGAACUUCAAAUGAGCACAUACCAAAGAAAAGGCCACCAGAAGCAAUGUGGCCUGACUAUGCUGAUGCUGUCGGAUCGGCAAUUUUACCACAUGAUUCUCUAAGAAAGCAUGCCAAAUUAGAACAGAAGGGUGAUCUAUCUAUAUCGCCGAGUCGCUCUUGCUCCCUUGAAUUUGAUGGCACGUCCAAAGGAAAUCCUGGACCAGCUGGGGCAGGAGCAGUCCUGCGAGCCGAUGAUGGGACUUUGGUUUGCCGGCUUCGUGAAGGUCUGGGUGUAGCAACAAGUAGUGUUGCUGAGUAUAGAGGCAUUAUUUUAGGGCUAACAUAUGCACUUGGCAAAGGGUUUCAAAGUGUUCGCGUUCAGGGUGACUCGAAGCUUGUUUGCAUGCAGAUCCAGGGUCUAUGGAAGGUUAAAAAUCAAAAUAUUUCAACCCUAUACGAGCAGACAAAACAACUAAAGGAAAGGUUCAUUUCCUUCAGGAUAAUUCACGUUUUGCGGGAAUCAAACUCGGAUGCUGAUGCACUAGCAAGCAUGGCCGUUGAUCUUCCUGAAGGCGAAAUUCGAGAGGAAAAUGACAAAUAGUUCCGGAACCAAUGUUAGGCCCCCUCUUCUGAACAAUGCAAUGACUUACAGAGGAAAGUUUUAAUAUUUUUUUAAAAAUAUUUAGCAGCCGGGUUUCGAAGAUAAGAAUGUUUCUCAAUGUCCAGUUUUGUUUAGUGUUGCUGCAAUCUGAUGAUAUGUAAUGUUGUUGAAGUAGAGCUUAUAACGGGUCGGGAUCGAUAACAUAGAAACAAUUGGUAGACUUACUUCACUCUGUUAGUGUUUGCCAUUUGUGUAGUAGUGCAGAAGUACUUCAACUCAAUGCCUUAUCUGUGGAUUCUGUUGUGUUGAAGUACUUGGGCAGCAUUUGAUGAAAGCUAAUCACUCUAACAAUGUGGGACAAAUUCGCAAGCAUUCAGGGCAUUGAAAUCGAAAAGGCACUCGAAUCAGGUACUUAUCCAACAAUACUCACAAAGAGGAUACUGGCGACUUCCUUCCAAGAUUUGAGUGAUGUGUUUAAAAAUCUGAUUCUCUAUUACAUACACAAACAUGACUGUCACUAACAACGCGUCACGAUUCAUCAAUCGAACUGAACCCUACCAUAUCUCUUGCGACAUCUCUAGAAGAGUGGAAAUGUUCAAAUGCUAUCACAAUACGGCAUGCCUUGGAGAAAAAACAAUUUGAAGAUCC